AUGGCAAAGGUGGUCCGGGGUGAAGGGGACUCCCUCCAGCAGCGAGGUCAGUUGCUCUUCCGACAGGGAAAUUUCCAGGACGCGCUGGCUGCCUUCACUGAGGCUCUUUCAUGCAAAGGCGCCGAUGUCAUGAGCAUCCUCGACAAUCGCGCCGCCACCUACAUCAAGCUCACCCAGUACGAGCGCGCCCUCAAUGACACUCGCCAGAUGAUCCGACGCGACACAAAGGAUGGACGGGGCGUGCUACGAUAUGGUCAGGUCCUACUCCUCAAAGGUGAUCGCGACAAGGCUCUCAAGGCUUACGGGUACGGUCUGAAGACCUUACCCCCAGAUCACCCCCGCCGUAAGAUUAUCCUUCAAAUGUAUACCAAGGUCAAGGAGAGAGCGUCGGUAAAGCGACUCGAUCCUUUCGACAUGUUGCCCGUAGAGCUGGCGUUGAUGGUAUUGCAGCACUUCACUUUCAGAGAGCUUGCGAUCCUUCUUCGCGUAUCAAAAGGGUGGCUGCACCUGCUAUCCAUGCCAGACCUCUGGAUGCGAUUAGAUUUCACUGAAGCCCGGCGCAAAGUCACUUGGCGCUCCGUUCGGGCUUCCAUCCAACGAUCCCGCGCGAUGCUCACCCACGCCGUCAUGACCAACACUGCAAUCUCCAAUAUCGACAGGGUUCUCGAAACCCUAAGCCGCUGCCCGAAGUUGGGACACAUGGAGAUCCGGGACCCUCUCCAGGGGUCUGCGCGGCUGAAAACCCUCAUAGUUGAUCAGGGGACACCCGUCUCACAGGAAAUUAUCGCAAAGCUUUUGACAAGCCUGCCCAACCUGGAGCGCAUAGAAAUUUAUAAUGCCCAGCCAUCAUACGAGUCAAGCGUCAACUGGCCCUCGCACCUUCCCAAUUUACGGAGUAUCACCUUCGCUACAGAAUCGUGGGUUCCGCCAAAUGGUCGGGGUCGCGUAUCCGCUCUCUAUAUUCCCCCAACUAUAGAAUCAAUGCCCUGCCCGCUCCCCAACCUUGAAGAGCUGCGGUUGGACUCGUAUCCCAAGGUCUGGGCCCCGUAUUAUCUCUCAUUCGAUCCCGUCCAGCUCCCCCGCUUGCGAAAGCUCGAUCUAAGAGGGGUGUACGUUGGAAUGUUUGGUUUACCAUCCAGCCUCGAGCAUCUCAGCAUCCAUGCGGGCGCCGCUCCUACUGGUGACAGCUUUCCCUUCCCUGAAAAAGAACCUCUUCAUCUUCCCAAUCUUCACACCCUCAUGUUCCGCGAUCUACUUUGGGUCACAUAUCGCACCAUUCACAUUCUACUACAAAAUGCCAAAGCCCCCCUACAGAAUCUUGUGGUCGACCGUUGCCCGCAGCUGAAAUACGAACCGCUCAAAGCUGUCUUCACAGAGAAUGCUACCAAUCUCAAGGAGUUCGGCGUCCCCCAGGUCCCGGGAAUGAACGACGCUACCGUCAAAGGACUAGUGGAAACGAUGUCGAACUUGACGGACUUGGACGUCUCAGGCACCGAAGUUACAGGCCGCCUAUUGAAGAUGUUUGCAGAUGCCCGUUCUUCCGAGAGUGCCCUUCCUCGAGUCGAGCGCAUAUACGUCAGAAAAUGUGACAAUAUCCUUCUCGAUGCCAUUACGUACGCGCGAUCCCAGGGCAUCCAUGUGGUCCGGUGAUCUAGCUGCCUGGUAGACGAACACUGUCCCAGCUAUGCUGGUUAUGCUGGGUGCAUGUGUAUUCGAUUCGAAAUCCUCACGCGCGGUUGACACUUCCGCAAUACAUUGGCGUUAGGGGUCUAUUUUAACUGGUUUCCCCGUUUUGGAUAUUUUUCUAAUAACGCCACGGUACUCUGUA